AUGGAGGAGAUUUUAUGGCUGCGUGUCUUCAAGACCAUCGUGGGUAUUGUCGGCAUCUUGGGCAACAGUCUUGUCUGUGUUGUCAUCGGUAAAGUCUCAUCGAUGCAGACUCGUACCAACGCCUUCAUCUUCCACCAAGCUGUGGUGGAUCUUCUUGGUUCACUAUUGAUUCUUCUGCAGAGCGAGGCCCCGCUACCAGACCCGGUGCCAAACAACGCCCUCGGGUGGGUAGUGUGCCACGUCUGGUUCUCCAACUUUGCAUCCUUCCUCCUGUUUGUCGUAUCAACGUACAAUCUGUUGUCGUUGACUCUGGAGCGGUACUUCGCCAUCGUUCACCCGUUUAAGUACCAAGCAGCCUUCGCCAAGCGCCCAAGACUGAAAGUUGGCGUGGCCAUUGCGGCGUGUUGGAUCAUUGGAGCCGUAAUUAACUCUUACGGCAUUACCACCUUUAACGAACAAAGCGGUAGGUGCGUCUCGAGUGUGGCGAAUCGGUCCAAAAUCAUCGGGGGCCUGACGGCCGUUCUGCAGUACAUCGUGCCGGUGGCAGUGAUGCUGUUUGCGUACAUUCGCAUCAGCGUGGAGCUCAAGAGAGGAGCGGCCCGGGUUGGACCGGCACCUGCCAACGUAGGUCCAACUGCUGGAACGUCCACCGCUGAUGGCAACGCCCAACCAGAAGGUGUGAUGGAGUCCCUACUCCGAGCUAGACGUAAUACCUUCAAGAUGCUCUUGAUCGUCUUCAUCACCUUCCUGGUGUGCUGGACUCCAAACCAGGUCAUCUAUCUCUUGUUCAAUCUGGGCUGGAAUGUCAACUUCGACGCGUGGUACUUGCUGCUAUCUGUAGGGAUGGUUGCUGGCAAUUGCUGCGUCAAUCCAGUCAUCUACGCCUUCAAAUACCGUCAAUUUCGCAAAGGGCUACGCGAGUUAUUUUGCAGACGACUCGUGCACCUCGAGGAAAACAUGGAGGAGAUUCUGUGGCUGCGUAUUUUCAAGACCAUCGUAGGUAUUGUCGGCAUCUUGGGCAACAGUCUCGUCUGCGUUGUCAUCGGUAGAGUCUCAUCGAUGCAGACUCGCACCAACGCCUUCAUCUUCCACCAAGCUGUGGUGGAUCUUCUUGGUUCAUUAAUGAUUCUUCUACAGAGCGAGGCCCCGUUACCCGACCCCGUGCCAAACAACGCUCUGGGAUGGGUGGUGUGCAACGUCUGGUACUCCAACUUCGUACUUUUUCUUCUGUUCAUCAUAUCAACGUUCAACCUGUUGUCGUUGACUAUGGAGCGGUACUUCGCCAUCGUUCACCCGUUCAAGUACCAAGCAACUUUCGCCAAGCGCCCAAGACUGAAAGUGGGCGUGGUCAUUGCAGCGUGUUGGAUCACCGCGAUAAUCCUCAAAUCCUACAACCUCACCAUCUUCAAAUUGCAAGACGGAAGGUGCGUCUCGAAUGCCGAGAAUCGGUCCAAAGUCAUCGGGGGUUUGACGGUCGUUCCGCAGUACAUAGUGCCGGUGGCAAUGAUGCUGUUUGCGUACAUUCGCAUCAUAGUGGAGCUCAAGAGAGGAGCGGCCCGGGUAGGACCGGCACCGGCCAACGUAGGUCCAGCUGCCGGAGCAUCGUCGGACAACGCCCAACCAGAAGGUGUGAUGGAGUCCCUACUCCGAGCUAGACGUAAUACCUUCAAGAUGCUCUUGAUCGUCUUCAUCACCUUCCUGGUGUGCUGGACACCAAACCAGGUCAUCUUUCUCUUGUUCAAUCUGGGCUGGGAGCUCAGCUUUGACGAGUGGUACUACCUGCUCUCUGUAGCGAUGGUGGCCGCUAAUUGCUGCGUCAAUCCGGUCAUCUACGCCUUCAAGUAUCGUCAAUUCCGCAAGGGGUUACGCGAGGUAUUUUGCAGACGACUCGUGCGUCUUGAAGAAGCUUCGAAUGCCGUCUCUUUCGCGCAAACAAUAUAG